GUUCCACCUCCCCUGGGCCCCCUACCCCUGACGCCCAGCCAUGGGUCCCGCGUCUGGUGGCGUCUAGUGUGCGCGACUGGGAGAGAGAGAGGGUGUUGUGCACUGUCGCACUGUGACGGGGAUCGUCAACGGGCUCUUCGACUGCCAUCAUGUCUGGUGCGCCACGCCGGGCAACCACGGUGCGAUGGCAUGGAUGACAGGCAGGUUGGCCGAGUCCCAUGCUGUCCGCGUUGUGAAGAAGCAGGGCUUCCAUGUGUGUGGCGGCGGCCUCGAUAUGACAUGAUCCGAUCCCGCCCCCGAGGAGGGCUCUUCUUCAGGCAGGGACCUGCUUCCCCCCUCCCCCGUUCCUCGUCGUUCGAGUCCAAGACAGGCGUGGCAGUCUUUUAUCAAUGCGACGCAGCUUCCGGAUCGACACUGCGAGAGCCCGCUUGGGUCGCACGGCCUUAAGCAUACGAAGCACCACGCACGGAAACACUCGCCGUUGAGUCGCAUGCAUAAACUUGACUACAUCUUUCUCUUCUGAACACGCGACGAGGCUUCGACGUUGCAUCGCCGCCGACGCCCAUCAUGGCUGGCAACAACGACCCCGAGGGCGCCAGGCCUAUGAAGCCAGGCAUCACGUAUACGCGUGACUUUGAGGUCGUCGAGAUGAGCGACUUCUCGACCGACAAGUCUCGCGGGCAGUUCGCGACGACUACUACAUCCUACUCCAUCUCGACGGCGGGCCGGCCUGCGCACUCGUCCGGCCGCAAGCCGACCUCGACGGCAUCACUUGGCCGUCGUUGGGUCGACAGCUUCCGCCGCGUAGAGGGCGUGCCCAUCGGCGGCCACAAAGGCUACCAUGUCAACGACGGCAUGCCGGACCCGGCCCAGGUUGGCGACCGCUUCUACGACUUGCGCGCGGCCAAUGCGCGGACGGCCAACUCGGCCCUCGCCCGUGACCUCAAGUCGCGACAUUUGCAGAUGAUUGCCAUAGGCGGCUCUAUUGGAACCGGCUUGUUUGUGAGCUCUGGCAUGGCGCUGUUCCAGGGCGGACCAGUGUCAAUGCUCUUGGCCUAUAUUAUGACCGGGGCCUUUCAGUUUUGCACAAUGCAAAGCUUAGGCGAACUUGUCGUAACCUUUCCCAUUGCGGGCUCCUUUUCCGUGUUUUCGACACGUUUCCUGGACCCAUCAUGGGGGUUCGCCAUGGGAUGGAAUUAUGCUCUCCAAUGGCUCUUUGCUAUGCCGCUCGAGCUCAUUGCUGGUGCCUUCACCAUCCAGUACUGGAACCAAUCUCUGAGCCCCGCCAUCUUCGUCACCAUUUUCCUUCUCGUUUUAGCCGGUAUCAACCUCAUGGGCAUCAAGGGCUAUGGUGAGGCCGAGUUUAUAUUUUCGACCAUCAAGGUCACAGCCGUCGUCGGCUUCAUUCUCCUCGGAGUCGUAAUCAACAUUGGCGGCAGCCCUCAUGACGGGUACAUUGGCGGCAAGUACUGGCUUGACCCUGGCCCUACCAACCACGGGUUCAAAGGCUUCUGCAGCGUGCUCGCCACGUCAUCUUUCUCCUUUGUGGGCACCGAGCUUGUUGGUCUCGCAGCCGCCGAAGCCUCCAACCCCAAAAAGUCCCUUCCUAGCGCCAUCAAGCAGGUCUUUUGGCGCAUCGCUAUUUUUUACGUCGUUUCGUUGUUGCUAGUUGGCCUGCUUGUUCCAUACAAUGAGCCGCGUCUUUUGGGGGGCCGGACCUCCGUGGACGCCACGGCCAGUCCUUUUGUCAUUGCCGUUGAGAGCGCCGGGCAGACAAUUCUUCCGAGCGUCAUGAAUGGCGUUAUUCUCGCCGCUGUAAUGAGCGUCGGCAACUCUGCCGUCUUUGGGUCGUCACGAACACUUGCCGCGCUGGCCGAGCAGUCGCAUGCGCCCAAAAUAUUCGCGUACGUUGACCGCAAGGGUCGACCCUUGGUGGCCACCAUCUUCGCCCUCGCCCUCGGUCUCCUUGCUUACAUGGCUGCCGUCAAUGUUCACAAUCAAGUCUUUGAUUGGCUAUUCGCCAUUUGCGGGUUGUCGGGCCUCUUCACUUGGGCAAGCAUCUGCCUUUGCCACAUCCGCUUCCGACGCGCGUGGGCACUCGCCGGUCAUACGUUGGACCAGCUGCCCUUCAGGUCGCAGGCUGGCGUGAUUGGAGCCUGUAUCGGCUUAGGGGGAAAUCUGCUUGUCCUGAUCUCGCAGUUUUGGAUUGCCGUCUCACCCAUCAGUACCGAUGACGCUCCAGUCACGCCGACGGGAACUGCAAAGAGCUUUUUCCUGAAAAUGAUGGCGGUUCCUGUGGUUCUCCUCUUCUACCUGGCCCACAAAAUCUGGUUCAGGACGGGGAUCGUCAGCUACAAGAACAUGGAUAUCGACUCUGGGCGAAGUUUUACCAGAGUUCCCGCGCUGUCUGCGGAGGACGAAAUGCGCUACAAAGCAUGGCCAUUAUGGAAGAGAGUUUAUAGAACCCUUUGCUAGUUGCAAUGGUUUGUUGAGAGAUACCAUAUUGUAUUUAUUUAAUCG